AGUCCAUUGUAACAAGGACGAGUCGUGGAGUGGCGUAUUUUUAGCGGCUCACGACCAGUAAUAAACAGAAAGCGAAAGGAAAUAAAUCAUCAUGGUUUCGCCCACGAAAAAGAUGAUGUCGACGUCCUUAUUCGUCCCACCGUUCUUUUUGCUUGCUUGCCUACUUUUCUCGGGAAUAGACGUCGCCAACGCAGAGCGCACCUGGCUGGACAGGUUUUCCUCCUUUCCACCCUCGAAAACCUUGGAAGUGGUUCACUUUGUCACCGUGAAUACGAAAUACCCGACGGAAAUUUCGCUCGUCGGCCCGGUAAGACUCUCCGGGGGAACCCCACCGCCGGGCUUGGGGCUAGCGGUGGUCCCACAUGCGCGGUUGGCGAAGGUACUUCUUAUAAACUUGUCUGGGUCCUCGUUUGUCUAUGUGUAUCUUGAUUUUGAUCUUGACAUGCACCAAUGAUUUUUGAUUUUGUUUCACUGUCGUUGCGGUCGUACUACUGAUUCCUUAUCGUUUUAGCAUGCCAAAAUUCAUCGUCCCAUCACAGCUGUCCCAGGGCGAGCAGUUUUGCGAGGGCGGCAAAUUGAAUCUGGGCAAGGAUUAUGAAUUGCAAAAGUAUCGUACUAGUACUAGACUACUACGCCGGCGUCCAGGACGCCGGCGAUAGGUCGCCUAGUAAAUCUAAAAUCAAAAAACUAUCGCGAAACGCUAGCGGAACAAAUUCGGCGACAGAGUCGCCCGAUUGUGGAUCUUAUCUGCUAGCGGAGACGCGGCCACUAGCAGGAGCCCUCUAGGCGGUUUCGAGUAGCAUGACAAAACGGGCCCGCGCUUGCUAGUGACGCCCUUCACUAGUAGCGGCCCGCAUUAGAAACGGACGCGCCCGCCUUCGUUUCCUGGGCUUCUGCCCCGUCCCAGCCCGGCCGCUGGCCUUGGCCUGCUUCCCCUUUCUUGGGCUGUCUGACUUCUACAAAGAAUCACCCGCAGCGCUUUCUAAGCCAGCGACCGAGGCCGUGAUCUAGCAAAGCCCUCCAAGCGAGGCCUCUAGAAGGCAAAGAAAUUCGCAGCGUCACGCCCUCCACUCUUACUAUAACUUCUAUCGAAAGCCCAGCCGCCGAAUCUAUAAGGGCGGGAAAUCGGAGCAGAGAAGCGCUAUUGUUGUGCUAUUUCCCGCCUGCGAGAAGGCCAACCACAUGCAGGAUUUUUGUCCCCCCCAGUGCCGCUCGCUUUCUUCAGAAUGCAGGCGCCCUCCUUUUCUUUUCUCCCCAGAUAUGUCCCCAGAUACUAUCUCCCCAGAUAUGUCCCCAGAGAUCUCCCCAGAGAUCUCCCCAGAUAUCUCCCCAGAUAUCUCCCCAGAUAUAUCCCCAGACAUAUCCCCAGACAUAUCCCCAGUCAGACAUACCCCCAGAUAUAUCCCCAGAUUUAUAUAUCCCCAGAUAUAUCCCGAGAUAUUUCCCCAGAUAUUUCCCCAGAUAUAUCCCCAGAUAUACCCCCAGAGAUUUUUGGAUGGUGUUAAUUUGCCUGAGGCCCGGGGGGCGCUCCCGCCCCCGUUUCGUUUUGCUACGUUCUGGCGCCCCCCCCCUACCCCCCCCAAAACGGGGCCGGUGUUUGGGGGUAGCAAGCCAGAAUAGGCCUGCUAAAAGCCGGCCUGGCGUUUUUUCCGCUUUUUUCGAUUUCCUUGGGCCUCGGGGCCCGUAGGAAACUCUGCGGGGUCUUGUUCUUUUUGCGACGCGCGUUACUUCGCCUGUCUUUGCCAGGCAACCAAGCUGCCGGAACCCGCAAGCACCGCCGCCCGCGCGGGCAGCCACUUGCCGCGCAGGCCGCAAGGGCUGUCGGCAACACCUGUCCGGCUACCGUUGCAAGUUGCGACCUGCGCUGCAGGGUGCCGCCUGCCCUCGCAAAUCCUUGCGGCCUGCGUUGCAGAGUGAAACAUCUCAUGUUGCAAAUAAACUGCUUACCGACCGGCUGCGCUUGCAGCGUUUCUAUGUGUGCCGUCUAGUCAACCUUCCUAAGGCCAUCCCCUAGGGCUAUCUCCUAGGGCUAUCCCCUAAGGAAUAGCUCAGGGGAAUGCGCUCUAGAUGCCUUCUUUUCUAGAAUUCAUUUUCUAAGGGCGCCCCUCUAAUCUAUAAGGGCGAAAAAUCCGAGUAAAAAUUCUAUAGUUCUAUUAUAUAAAUCGCAUGACAAAUUUACUCAGCAUGAGAAAUGAAAAUUGUCAUGCUGUUUUACCUUGGGAAGGAGAUUUGUAAUGCAUGAUUGCAAUUAAUACUACGAGUGCGAUACUUUUGCACAGGAUAAGGAUGUGCACGUUUGGGACAUGUCCACGGCUUCGACCUUAUGGCUUGCUCAGAUGUUACAAUUUCAAACGUUACAACAGGAACAGAAUAUGGAAAUCUGUGAUGCAAGAAGUGCAUGAUCCAGUUUCUACUCCUAUAGGAUUGCGCAUGACAAGUUCUGGAGUGGUCCCAACCCGCACUACAAUUAUCUGGCGAAAUUUGUAUUGCAGAAAGUGGAACGCUCUGCGAGUCUGUCACGCUCAUUAUGCAAGACAAGGCGCAGACUCGUCUAUUGCAGCGUUUGAGAUUGUAACACCUGAGCGGGUUAUAGACCUAUCAGCGAGAUUUUACCGUCUUCAAACCGCCCACCGGGGGGCUGUACUAUAUUUUGCAGACUAACUGCAACGAGAAGGAUGGGAGUACCAUGCCGGCUUUUGUUUCCGGGGAACUUUCGACGAUAUCGUCGAAGGGGUAUCUGCCCGGGGAGGAACUGCCGAAACUGAGUUUCUACCUCUAUCCCGUGUAAAAACGUCUCUUUCCACCAGAGUUGUAAUGCAAAUCUGCAUGUUCAAAAUGUUUCUCAUGCGGAGACCCAUGAGAAGCAUUUUCUAGUGGUGUUUUGAGUUUUGUGAUGCUCCAAUCAGCAUAAUGUGCCCGAUCUGUGAAGUAGCUGCUGCGCUAGCUAAACACGACUAGCACCUUGCGGGCCCAAACUUGUCAUGCGCAACAGCCAAGGCUUGUCGAUUUGUCUAGCAGAAUUCCCAGCUUGAUGACCAUGGGGUGGGGACAUUUUUACACGGGAUAACCUCUACCUGAUGUUCCUCUACCUUGGGUUGCUGGUCGUCUGGGGCUAUGAACUGCAAAAGUAUCGUACUCGUAUAAAUGCAUGACAAACUCCCUCAGCAUGAGAAACCAAAUUUGUAAUGCGGAUUUACCUUUAGAAAUGAAUUUGUAAUGCAUGAUUGCAAUCACUACAACUUGUAGUGAUUGCAAUCAUGCAUUACAAAUUCAUUUCUAAAGGUAAAUCCGCAUUUCGCCCUUCGUAUCGCACUUGUAGUACAAGUGCGAUACUUUUGCAGUGCAUAAGGGCGUCUGGUGCCACAAGUGGUCGGAUGUGCUCUUCAAAAUUCACCACUUCAUCACCGUGGCCAUUAUCGCCGGUCUGAUAGAAGCGGCGUGCUGGUAAUAAACUGGUUUUUUGAGACAGUUGUUUGCAUGAAAACAGUGACUUUUGAUUUCGAACAAUCGUAAAAAUGCAUGGACAAAUUAAUUUCUUCUUUUGCGUUCGUGCAAUCGCUUCAUGCAUGGUGUGGAGAACAAGCUUCUCUCCUCGUGAAAACGCAACAAAUUUUAUCAGGUACAUCUCGCUCUUCCACUGGAAUUACCUUGGUCACCGAUGGUGGUCCAUGAUGGCCCUCGCCUCCUUUGGAACAGUGACCAAACAGGGGCUGAGCUACGGGGUUUUGUUACUGGCCUGCUUGGGAUUGGGAGUAACGGCGCCAAGAUUGGACGGCAAAAUCACGGCAAAGGUAUAUAUACUGUUUGUGAUGCAUAACCAAUCUUUCGGCCAUAUAGGAUUAGGAAGAUACCACUUUGAAUAAAGUGCAGGAAGUGCUCCGGUACAUCAACCCUGCAUCAGAGCAGAUUUGUAUAGAGUGACAUUUCAGCUGUAUAAUGAGAGAAAGGAAAUAAAUUAAACCUUGACCCAGGUCCUCCUUCUAGUCGGUGCAUUCAUUUUCGCCGACGGGAUCCGGCAGAUGGCACUGUUGAUGCAGGACAGAUAUAAAUGGCAAAAGCAUCGCACUAAGUAGAAAUCGCAUGACAAAUUCUCUCAGCAUGAGAAACGAAAUAUGUAAUGCGGAUUUAGGUUUAAGAAAGAGAUUUGUAAUGCAUGACUGCGAUUACAACUACGAGUGCGAUACUUUUGCACAGGAUAACAGAGUUGUCGGAGUGCAGGAUACGUGGAAAAUCAUUUUACUCGUGACCCUACCCCAUGCAAAUAUGUCUGGUUCUGGAAACUUGUGAUGCGUCUCAGUGAAUAGUAAGAACACGACUGUAGUGCACCGCCAAGCAUGACAGACUUUUCCGCAGCUUUGUGUUGCGUAUUUCGCAUGAGAAACUGAGUUAUUUUUGCAUGACAGAAAAGCGGAGCUCUUCGUGGCCGCGCAAUACAGAGCUCAGUGCCCUGCCAGACUAGCAUGACAAGCCUUGGACUCGUCUUCCAGACCCAGACCAUGUUUUUGCAAUGCAUAGACACCGGGUUCCUUUUUCGUCUCCCUGAUCUACGUGUGGAUUCUGCACGCCUUGCAGGAAACGAUUGGGUAUCUGAACAACAGUAUCAACUGCAAAUAUGUCUGGGUCUGGAAACUUGUGAUGCAAGUCUGUGAAUACUUAGUGGGCGCAAUACUAUACGCAGCCAUAGCAUGACAGUUUCCAAGAAGAAGAAGAAAGAUGACAGGCAAGAGGCCCCGGUCCUGCUUACGCAUCACAGAUCUAAGAGUCAUGCCAAACAAGCAUGACAAGUCCUGCAUUCUUCCAGACCCAGACAUUUUUGCAAUGCAUAAACAGUCGGCAGAUGGUGAAGGCAGAAGUGUACCAAAAUCUGCGGCUCGCACUGGUGCUGGUGGUCGGCAUCGCGAUGGCGCUCGUUGGGUACGAGACAAUUGUGGUCAGGCGGACGGAAUUGGCGCAGAAUUGGCGGACCAGGUACAGCCGACUUACUGUACUAGAAAUAGAAGCGAAUAAGUUUGUCUUUGUGUUGUGUGGAGCUGACUACGAAUGUCUUAGGUAGUCUUUCAGUGUUCCUCCACGGGGAGGGCACGAGAAGAGUAAAAAUCAUUCUCCCCGUAUUUAUACUUAGCCGUUCUUGUUGAGGAGCCGCAGGACAAAUCGAAAAUAACCUUCUUUAAUGUUAAAAGGUACAUUUUCACCGACGUUUUGUCCCACGUUUGCUUCGCUUUCCUCCUCACCGUCAUCAUGUACCUCUGGCGUCCGAGCGAGCGAUCGGUGCAGAUGGCCUAUUCCCAGCAGCUCGAGUCGCAAGACACGGGAGACAAGUCCGGCGGGAUACAGAUGUCGGGGCAGCAGAUCGGGGUUGGGGAGGAUUUUCAGUCCGUGGAAGUGGAAAUAGGCGAGGAAGAGGAGGAGGAUUUUGAUUUCAAGAAAUCCAUGGAAGAAAGCCUCGAGCUCCCGCCCAAGAAAGCAGAGCAAAAGAUGGGGAAAUCAGGGAAGGUGCCGGAUGUGCUAGAGUAGAUCACAAUGUGCUUGAUCUACUUCUUCGACCCGACCAGUAGUAGAUCACAACGUGCUCCUGCAGGACCUCUUUCAUCGGCGUAAUAGUGCAGCUACAGGGUAGUUGUAAGUACUUACUACAUUUUCCUCGCUGAAGGCAACACUUUGAUGAGUCCUUCGGUAACGAAACACGACCAGUGGAGGAAGAAAUUUUUCCGCCGAUUGUUGAAUCUCUUUCUCUACUACCUUCUCAGAGAAAAAUGAAAACCUGCCUGAUCACGUCUUUCCUCUUGAACUUGAUUUCAAAGAGCAGAAGCCUCUUCAAAAGUGAUGUGACGAAGUAAAGCUGGUGUAAUUAUAUUCGGACCUCCUGGCAGUGGCAGGCACUUUAGAAAAGCCCGCCAUGGUGCCGUCCGCCAAUUUCAGGGUCGCUAUUGUAGCGACAAAGUCAAAG